AUGGACGUGACCGACAUCACGCCUCAGCUGGACCAGCUGGACAGUGGCCUCAUCGAGCUUCAGAAUGUGCUGAAGCCUUUGCUUGGCGACAUUGCGGAUGUCUCGUCCAAACUGCCGCUUUUGGACAAGGCAAAACUCUACGUGUUGGUCUCGUACGCGAUAGAAUCGCUUCUCUUUUCUAGCCUGCGCCUCAAUGAAGUGGAAACCAAGAACCAUGCCAUCUUCUCAGAAUUGACCCGUGUCAAGCAAUACUUUAACAAGAUCCAAAAGCUAGAAACCCCAGCUGCCGAGCGCGAGAGCACCCUCAACACCGAAGCCGCCAUUCGCUUUGUUAGGUCUGAUCUUAGCGGCGAUAAAGGCAUCAGCAGCAAACUGGCAGAGCUGAUCGCCAAGGAGAGGGCAAAGGCCGCGCUCAAGGCAGCCAAGGUUGAUAAUAAGCGCCCGGCCGCCGAUGAGCCGUCAGAU